AUGGCUGAGAAACAUGUGUUAUUUCCACGCCUCAAUAACCAGAAUUAUUCGACGUGGCAACUGCAGAUGGAGAUGCUGUUAAAGCGGGAUGAAUUAUGGUUCGCGGUGCAUGACGCGAAGCCGACACCAGUCACUCCCGUUUGGACGACAGCAGACCAAAAGGCGUUGGCUAACAUCGUGUUGUUUUGUGAGGAUAGCCAGCUAAACUUGAUCAAGAACGCAAAAUCGGCCAAGGAUGCGUGGGCCGUGCUGAAGAAGUUUCACAACAAAGCCACGAUGACAUCUCGUGUGUCGCUGCUCAGAAGGAUCUGUAGCUUGAAUAUGACGGAAGGAGGAAACGUGGAGAAGCACCUCUUCGAGUUAGAGGAGCUAUUUGACCGACUGGAGUGCGCCGGUCAGAAGCUGGAAACACCACUGAAAGUAGCGAUGAUUUAUCGCAGCCUCCCGGAAUCAUAUGGCGGAUUGGUGACGGCGAUGGAAAGCCGUCCGGACGCAGAUCAGACGAUCGAAUUCGUCAAACAGCGGCUGGUCGACGAGUAUUUGCGCAGAGUGAAGCGUUCCGGUGAGUGUAGUGAAACUGCGAUGAAGCUGCAAAGCAAAGGGCGGAAGGAGAAGAAGUGCUACAAUUGCGGUGACUCAGCAUUCCGUCAACAUCUCACCAGCAGCUUUCGAAACGAACAGACGACAGUUAUGGAUAUCGAUGCUUCUUUAUUUCUUCAGCAAGUCGCUACUCCACCCAACAUAAUUUCCGUUCUUCCCACCUCAAGCAGAAUACGUGAUCAACAACAGCCUUCGUCACAUGGAAUAUCAAAAUCUCCACAGAACCAACGGACAGUUAUACAGGAAAAUAUCAGUGAUUCAGCUGUGCACGAUAACGCCGCUUUUCGACCGGUCAGUGUGAAUGAUAAGGAAACUGACGAAGAGUCUUUUGGUGAACAGGAUGAAAAUUCAAAUCCAAACAGCAGCGCAGAGAAAAGAUCAUUUGAUGAAGUUAAAGUAUUGAAAGGUUCCAAGAAACAUGCUUCUUGUGAGAUGAAAUUCAAUACAUUUCAAGUGAAUUGGACCAAGGUCAGUGACGGUAUUCUUGAUCAUCUGCAGCAAAUGCAAGAUUUCCGCAACGAAAAUUCAAGCCAACGUGUGCCUUCAUCCCUACAGAUUUCAAAGACUGACUUGAGUGGACUGGCGAAUUCUGUAGUUGAUCAGUUAAGAACAAUUGACCAUCGUAUUCGAGCGGACGUCAUGGAAAGUGCGGCACGGCAAAUUAUCAACAAGUUUCCUUGUCUGAACUUCGUAGACGACGACGGAUUCGGGACAGGAACAGGUUAUGUAUGGUUGAAGCACAAAAUGAUAAACCGUAAUACUUAUCUGAACCGUUACAAAGCACCGAAUCAACCAAAAGCUUCUACUACAGAAAUCAGGCGAUAUCGGAAUUUGCGAGCUGGAACAACAAAGGAAUACUGGCAAAAAUCAAGUCAAAAUUGUUCCAAAGAAGUCCUCUCGAUUCUUUCACGGAACGAACCGGAGUUCCUGACGAAUGAAUUUCUAGACGCAUCUCAAUCGUAUGUUCGAUAUCGCUUCGACGAGGAUAAGCCACUGAAAGAUGUUUUGACAAGCCUUCCAGUAUUGAGACGAAGAUGUCUUCUGAAUUACCACUUUGAGAGUGCAACGGGCGUGACAGCGGGAUCUUUGGAACAAUACUUCACUGCCAAACGAUCGAAAAUCAUCGAUUUUUCGAUGACAAAUCGCAAAAUUGGACGUUUGCAUGCCAAUGCUUCGGAUUACGAUAUCUUCACAUUCCUUUGUCGUUCGUUGGGAGAAAAAAUUGAUGAUGUGAUUAUUUUGAAAGAAAUGGGAACGAAGCUUGAUGACAUUGCAACCGACUGUUCAGGACCAGUACUCGUCGCCAUAGACUGCGGAAACAACAAACGGGUGUUCUAUGUGUUUGCCGAACAAGUACCCUUGAGCGAAGGAACUGAAAAUGUUGUGGUCGCUGUUACGGACUUGAUGUGUGUUCACUAUGUACACAAUUUUAUGUACAUGAAGCAAGUAUCGAAAUUCAUGGAGUUCACUCAGGAAUAUUUUUUCAAAAUUCUUCCGACAACUGGAUCAAAAUCAAGUGCUACGCGUAAGGGACAGCAGCAGCGAGUAGUUAAACGUAUCAUCGAGGCCAUUGCUAAUCACAUUCCUGAGAAGCAGUAG